CUUCAGACGUACCACCUUCCAAACCUUCCAUCUCAUCCUAGUUCUGUUCUGACUGUGGCAUAGGAAAAACUAUCGAAAACCACUCCUCCAGCGAUAUGUUGUCCGCAUACUGUUGAUGGUCCCUAUCUAUGCGGUUUCCUCCUGGGCUAGCAUUAUAUCCUUGAAAGCGGCGAUGUGGCUGGACCCCGUUCGCGAUGUCUACGAGGCGUUCACGAUCUAUACCUUCUUCCAACUACUCAUCAACUUUCUUGGAGGCGAGAGAGCAUUGAUUAUCAUGACUCAUGGACGUCCUCCAAUCCAACAUGCUUGGCCAUUGAACCAUAUCCUGCCUAAAGUGGAUAUUUCCGACCCUCAGACCUUCUUGGCUGUCAAGCGUGGGAUUCUUCAGUAUACAUGGCUUAAGCCAAUUCUGGCUAUCAUCUCCAUUGUCAUGAAAGCGACGGACACUUAUCAGGAAGGCUAUCUGGGCUUGACAUCGGGGUAUCUCUGGACGGGUAUCGUGUACAAUGUCAGCGUGACCAUAAGUCUCUAUUCGUUAGCCAUGUUUUGGGUCUGUUUGCACAACGACCUGGCACCUUUCCGUCCGGUUCCCAAGUUCCUCUGUGUCAAGCUUAUUAUUUUUGCUUCUUAUUGGCAAGGCUUUUUCUUGUCCAUCUUGCAGUGGCUGGGCGCUCUAUCCAACGGCGUGGCGGGAUAUACACCCGACAAUCUCGCCGCUGCGAUUCAGGACAGUUUGAUCUGCUUUGAGAUGCCAUUCUUCGCCAUUACCCACUGGUACGCUUUCUCCUGGCAUGACUACGCCGACUCCACCAUUUCAGCUGCCCGUCUGCCUGUGAAGUUUGCCCUUCGCGAUUCCUUUGGUAUCCGCGACCUUAUUGAAGACACAAAGAUGACCCUUCGAGGAGAAAACUACGAGUACAGACUCUUUGACUCCGGUGAUCAUAUCAUCCCUCAUGCCGAGUCCAACUCCCGUGUCAGGCGAGUGAUGCACGGCAUGCGGUAUGAGCGUGGGGGCAAAGCGAAGUACUGGAUCCCCAAACCAGGCGAAGUUAACAGUCGAACGCCAUUACUGUCAGGGUCUGAAGGAAGCAGUCGCGAUCGACGAAGCAGCACGCUCAGUCGAUUUCGAUCAAACAGCGACAUUGAGGAGAUGGGUCUUGACGAUGAGGAUGAGAGACUCUUUGCCAAUGCACGCACUCUUGAAUUCGGCGAUUGGAAUGUAAGUCAAACUGGAUGGCGCUCUAGUCCAGGACACCGAUGGGCUAAUUGCAAUCAGUAUCCCGUGAUCACGGCCAACGAAGUGCCGGAAGAUCAACGGCAAAUACACCACCGAAGCUCCCCAAAUCUACAAAAUCCUGGGGCGGUAAAACGGACGCGAAAUCACCGCAAGUCCCGCAUCAACAAUGGCGGAGGUACCCCACGAAGUGAAGGCAGUUCCCGUAGUUCUCGCAGGGAGCCCCCCAACGGUCGCCAGACCGUUCGUCAGGAGACUAGCUCGUCCAUAUCCCGCAGCUCCCAGCGCAGUCAGCUAGUGGACUUGGUGGUUGAGGACCACAAAGCAGAGGAAGCGGAGAGAUUGCAUACACAGAAGGCGUUCGGAUCGACCUGGCUGGAGCCCGACCAGAGGCACUUCCAGUAUGUUGCACCAUUUCAUAGAUCUCAUCUUUCUGCAGCGGAACGGAACAGCACUGACCUCUCAUUUAGGAGACCCUCUGGGGAGCCAGUUGAUGAACGGCCAAGCUAUCUUGAGAAUAGCGCAGAUGGCACGCUGGAGGAUACCAGAGCUGCAAGCCCAACCGAUCGAGCAGGGGAUGAUGAGCCGACGACGCGGCCAAAUUGGGCAUAUGGAGGGCUGGAAGAGGAGAAUGUGUGGGAUCGCUAGGAGAGCAGAGCUUGCUUCAUGCACAGACCCAUCCCCGCCAAUUUCAGUGGCUUUAUUACAUAUGGGGGCGCAUCUGCCAAAAUUUCUUGAAGCAUAGGAUAUGUAAGAUGAAUGAAACCAUGAAAUGUUUUAUCGAUACGAGAAGACAGGAGGUGAAGGAUGAAACCAGGGGAAAGCUGCGAAAGUUGAAUUUGGGGGAGGGGACACUACAGUCAGGCACCGA